UAAAUAAAUUCAAAUACUAAUAACAAAAAGAAAAUAUUUAGGACUUGUUUAAAGUUUAGAAUAUGGCCCAAUAAAAUAAUAAAAUACCAAAAAAAUGAUUUUUGAGCUGAAGUCGUACCUGAAGUUUUGCCAGGAUGCAAAAAUAUCUCCUAACGAAGACGUGGUUUCUUCCCUUAAAACUGCUGGUAAAACAGGAGAUUUUAUUUUAACGAAAAGGACAUUAUCUAACAAGACGUGGGACAUAAUUGGCAAAAUGUUGUCGGCGUCAGAAAAUAUACGAAAAGUGGACUUCAGUGACUGUUUGAUCCCAUUUGAAGGCACGGCCAGUCUUCUUGGACAUUUGUCGUUUAAUAAUUCGGUUGAUACAUUGAUUUUAAAGGGCAACAACAUUCAAGCAGAGAACGUCUCAUGUCUUGGGACUUUGCUGAAAAACAACUCAACUGUAAAAAUGUUGUGCCUCGAGUGGAACAGCCUGGGGCUCCACCCCGUCUUCUUCUCGGUGUUCUGCGACGGCCUGGCCUUGAACCGCACCUUGGAGCACCUGGACCUCAGGAACAACGAGUUGAAGCCGAAUGUCGCGGAGGACCUGUCCCGGGCCCUCGCGAGAAACCGGUCCCUGCGGUACCUAGAUAUUCGUUGGAACAGGAUUUGCACCGUUGGAGGCAGUUUAAUGUUGGACGCAAUGAAGUGCAACCAUUCUAUAAUCAAGCUCAAAUUACAAGGGAAUUACAUCACAUCAGAUGUCCUGAAUGCCGUAGACGAAUGCACCCAGCGCAACCUGUACCACGAAAACGGCGACGACUUGCCGUCGGAAGCGGCAGCGUCCGCAAAGGCAAAAAGCUGCACUCAGCCGCUGGACCCGGCGAGAGGAUUCGAGAAGGACCAGGAUAAGAUUGGGCCCACACAAGUGUUCAACGCCACCGUGCUGAGAAGCCCUGAUCGUGGCGACCACAGCAAGAGCCAGCCAGUUCAGCCGAGGGGGUCGAAGCUGGACCAGGUGGAGGGGAUGCUGUCGGAGCGGGCCGCCGCCAUCUCGGCGCUCCAGUCCCAGCUCCGGGCGGCCGAGGGCGAGCUGGCCGCAGCCAGGCGGGCUGCGUCCGAGCUGGAGGCCCGGGAGAGUGCCUCCCGCGCCGCGCUCGAGGCCAAGGACAAGGAACUCGAGGACCUGCGGCGGGCGGCCGACGAGGCAGAGCGGGGCAGAGCGGACGCCGAGUCGAAGCUGGGGUCGGCCCGGGAGCGGGCCUCCGCCUCGGAGCAGCAGCUGAGGGCGCGGGAGGGCGAGCUGGACCAGCUCAGGGCCGAGCUCCACCGCCUCCGGGACAACCUGGAGGCAGCGCAGAAGCAGUACGACGACAAGCUGAUCGAGGAGAAGACCAUGAACUUCGACCUGCUCACCAAGACGGAGCAGGAGUACCAGCUGAAGAUGAGGCGGCUGAGCAACGAGUUUGCCUCGUUCAAGAACGGCGCUAGGGAGCGCGCGGCGGGGCUGCAGGCCCAACUCGACGCCGCAGAGCGGGCGCGUUCAGACCUGGCCGCGCAAUUGGCCCAGGAGACAAGCCGGCGCAACGAGGAGUUGCAGCAGGCGCUCUCCAAGCUGGCCCUGGCCGAGGAGCGGGCACAGUCGCUGCAGAGCGAGAAGUCCCUGCUGGAGCGGCAGCUGGCGAUGGCGCAGUGCACCGCCGCCCAGCUCGAGAAGCAGAACGCGGCGCUGCUCUCGGAGCUGGCGGAGCCCCAGAGGAAGCUGUCGCAGCUCCACGAGGAGCUGGCCGGGGAGCGCGCGGCGAGGCAGCGGCUGGCCCAGGACCUGGCGGAGGCGCGCGGGCGGGAGCAGGAGCACCGGCGCGAGGGUGAGCGCCUGCAGCAGGCCCUGGAGGUGCUGCAGCGCCAGAUGAAGGACAUCCUGGGCCUGCAGGAGGAGCGCGACCGGAGCAAGGAGCGCGAGGCUGAGCGCCUGCGGGCCCUCGUCGCCGCCAAGGACCGCGAGAUGGCCGCCGUCAGAGCAGAAGAACUAGAACGUGUGGGACACCUGUACUCGGCUUUCACCAAAUACCUCGGAAGCUUGAAUCCAGCAUUUACGUUGUCACAAGUGACUAUGACGACGUGAUCUCGCCGUACUGUCCGUCGUAGAUCCAGGCUUCCUGCUGCGUUGCCGUGAAAAUUUCUAGUGCCUGCAUACUCAUGGAUUUUCCCUUUGUAAAUUUUUUUGUAAUUAAUUUUUGUGUAUGCUUUGUGGAAAGUCAAUCUCGCUGUUAGCUGACAAGUGUUUACUUUUGUAGUACUUAUUUAUUAAAAUGUUUUAUUGUUUUAUU